CGCGCGGAUGCAGGCGGCGCGGCACGUCGUGUGCGCCCUGUCCGGCGGGGUGGACAGCGCCGUGGCCGCGCUGCUACUGAGGCGGAGAGAGUCGAAGUCUUAGGUGAUCAUUGGAAACACGCUUGGGACUUAGUUUCUGUCUCUGAUAACUGAACGGCUACCAGGUGACGGGCGUGUUCAUGAAGAACUGGGACUUGCUGGACGAACACGGGGUGUGCACUGCCGACAGAGACUGCGAGGAUGCGUACCGGGUGUGCCGGAUCCUGGACAUCCCGUUCCGGCAGGUGUCCUACGUGAAGGAGUACUGGAACGGCGUGUUCAGUGACUUUUUAAGUGAAUAUGAGAAAGGAAGGACUCCCAAUCCUGACAUAGUUUGCAACAAGCAUAUCAAAUUCAGCUGUUUUUUCCAUUAUGCUGUGGACAAUCUUGGAGCAGAUGCAGUCGCCACGGGUCACUAUGCCAGAACGUCGCUGGAAGAUGAGGAAGUCUUUCAGCAGAAGCACAUUAAGAGGCCAGAAGGGCUUUUCAGAAACCGAUUUGAAGUUAGAAAUCCGGUAAAACUUCUGCAAGCAGCUGACAGCUUUAAAGACCAGACCUUCUUUCUCAGCCAGGUUUCCCAGGAUGCCCUGAGGAGAAGCCUCUUCCCUCUGGGGGGAUUAACGAAAGAUUUUGUCAAGAAAAUAGCAGCAGAGAAUAGACUUCAGCACGUGCUUCAGAAGAAAGAGAGCAUGGGCAUCUGUUUCGUGGGCAAAAGAAAUUUUGAGAACUUCAUCCUUCAGUAUCUGCAGCCUCGGCCUGGUAAAUUUAUUUCCAUAGAAGACAAUAGAGUUCUGGGAAUGCAUAAAGGCUGGUUCCUGUACACUUUGGGCCAGAGAGCUAACAUCGGCGGCCUGCGCGAGCCCUGGUACGUGGUGGAGAAGGACGGCGCCAAGGGCGACGUGUUUGUGGCUCCCCGCACGGACCACCCGGCUCUGUACCGGGACCUGCUGCGGACCAGCCGCGUGCACUGGAUCGCAGAGGAGCCGCCCGCCGCCCUGGUCCGGGACAAGAUGAUGGAGUGCCACUUCCGCUUCCGCCACCAGAUGGCGCUAGUGCCCUGCGUGCUGACCCUCAAUCAAGACGGCACCGUGUGGGUGACGGCCGUGAAGGCUGUGCGGGCCCUGGCCACGGGCCAGUUCGCCGUCUUCUACAAAGGGGACGAGUGUCUGGGCAGCGGGAAAAUCCUGCGCUUGGGGCCGUCUGCCUACGUCCUCCAGAAGGGCAAGAGCGAGUCCAGGGUGGCCACCGAGGGCCCCAGCGAUGGCGCAGGCAGUGGCCCGGGGUCGGGUCCGACGCUCUGAAGGAGGCGGGCGCUGCUGGUGAGCGCUAGAGGCGGACACGGGGGAACAGCCUGGAGGUGGGCAGCGGGGGGGGGGGCCCGGCGGGGUGUGCCGCCCCAGCGCCGUCUGGGGGGGCCAAGGUUCCAGAAAGCCUCCAGAGCCCAGGAGAGCCCCGAAGGGCCUGCCCCGUCUUCUCCAAGUUGGUGCUCUGGCCCGAAGGACUUGCUGGGUGUGUCCCAAGUACCCCACUUGGAGAGUUGCUCUUUCGUCCCCCACGAAAGUGUCCCAGCUGCAGGCACGCAGGGGACCUGCGGACGAGGCGGCGGGGUCGGCAGCCAAUAAAACGUCUGGGAUGCA